UUAGUAGUGACUAACUGAAUUUGUUUGGAUUAAGUGCAAUCAGUUUGCUAAGUGGUGAAGAUACGGUAUCGGAUUUAUAGUGCGUGAAAAAGGAAAACAGAAACAAUGCGUGGAGUGAGAAAGUGAAGUGCAAAUUUUGAAGAUAAUCGGAAAUGGGGACCGUAACAGACUCUGAAAGACUGAAGAAUUGACAAUUUCAAUAUCAUGGAUUUGGAAGGACCGUCGGGUUCAUCAAGUGAAUCACUUUCGCCACAGUUCGUGCAGCAGGACGUCAAUUUUUGCAACCCUGUUAAUAUUUACGGGGAGAAUUUUUUUUACCACCCAACGGCGUCGUGCGGCGGGCCGACGAAGAGAUACGACUUGGAAGGCGCAUAUUUCACCAAAGAAUUCGAUAUUCACAAGCUAGAUAAGGCGCUGGGCGAGAAACUAUCAAUAGGAAACGGAAACGAUAAAACGGCCGCGGUGGCCUAUCAUCAAGCAGCCAAGGGCCGAGAAUCCUACUGCGGUACGGCUGGCGGUAAAGUAGCGAAUAGUGAACUGGAUGAAAUUUCACCAGUAAGAAAAAGUGCGGAAGAUUGCAACAACAAAAUCGGAAGCAUAUACUUGAACAAUAAUAGCGGUGGUGGUGUUACAAACAGCUGUGGUACAAAUAAUAAUAACAAUAACAACAACAACAACAAUAAUAAUAACAAUAGUAAAAAUAAAAAUGAGAAUAAUAUCGUGAUUAUGAAAAGUCCCAAAGGAUUUGGAAAGAAGACGGUGGCGUUUUCUCAUGAACAGGUGCAAUGCAUGUGUGAGGCUCUAAACAAACGGGGUGAUGUAGAACGUUUAGCUACAUUUCUCUGGUCUCUACCCGAAUCGGAGCUGGCGAGGGAAUCCGAAAGCCUACUACGCGCCCAGGCUAUAGUAGCUUUUCACAAAAAUUCAUACAGACACCUCUAUAAGAUAUUAGAAUCGCACUCUUUCCAUCCUCGGUGGCACACCGAUCUACAGACUCUUUGGCUCGAAGGACAUUAUGCUGAAGCCGAACAAAUUCGCAAGAGAAAAUUAGGUACCGCAGAAAUUGACGGAUAGCCCUCUAUAUUUUAUUUCAAUGGUCGAAGACCCAAAAAUGUUCAUUUCUCCACAAUUUCAUCACUUUAGUUAACUGUGAUGCAGAAAUCUGAAAUUUAUAUAUGG